AUGAGUUCAGAAGAGCGGUGGAGCGUUAGUGGGGUACUGCUUGCAGCAGCGGUUGUUGCCUUGUACCUUACUUUUGAUGUUCCUUAUCUGCUCUUUAUGAAGAAAGCUAUCGAGCAGAGUAUUGAUUCUAAGAUAGAUCUUCUUCAUGUCUCUGUAGCAGGACUUCUCAUAAUAAUUUGCGUUAUGUUCGCUAUAUUGGUGGUCUUUAACAAUAGACCUACUACUCAGCUAGGACACUGCAGACCUAAAAGAAUCUUCCCUUUUAUCUUCAUCGGGUUCCUGAUUCUACUCCACUUCGUGCUGACAGUAGUAGUAUCCGCUAAAGUUAGUGACCAGGAGAAGGCUAGACUGAGAGAGUAUGUUCCCAACUAUUGGAACUAUCACACUGACUCUAUAAACCAGCGCUAUGUGGACGAUAUUCAGAUAUCACUGUCGUGUUGUGGGAUAAGCUCUGUAGAUGAUUACGGUACAAUGAACAUCCCGCCUAGCUGCUGUGAUAACAAAGGGUGUGACAAGGAGCGGGCUCACGAGAUGGGGUGCUACAAGAAGAUAUCCACACUACUCAUCACGUGUUCUAUUUCAGGUGCUACAAGAAGAUAUCCACACUACUCAUCACGUGUUCUAUUUCAGGUGCUUCAAGAAGAUAUCCACACUACUGAUCACCCAAACUACCCUCCCCAUAUUGACUAG